AUGAUUCUUACUCGAGUGGAAGACCCUACACCUGUUUCUGCCCUUUUACAUUCUAGUACUAUAGCUGGAAUUUUCUUAAUAGUUCGAUUUCAUCCCAUAUUAUCUGACGGUCCUACGAUACUAACAGCAACUAUAUGCUUAGGAGCUAUAACCACCCUAUUUACAGCUAUAUGUGCUUUAACACAAAAUGAUAUCAAAAAAAUUAUUGCUUUUUCAACAUCAAGUCAACUGGGUUUGAUAAUAGUUACUAUUGGAAUUAAUCAACCUUAUAUAGCCUUUCUACAUAUUUGUACACAUGCAUUUUUCAAAGCCAUACUCUUUAUAUGCUCAGGAUCAAUUAUUCAUAAUAUAAAAGAUGAACAAGAUAUCCGCAAAAUAGGGGCAAUCUGCAAAACUAUACCGUUUACAACAUCUGCUCUAAUUAUUGGAAACUUAGCUUUAACAGGCAUACCUUUUCUAUCAGGAUUUUACUCAAAAGACCUAGUUAUUGAAGCCAUCAAUAUGUCGUAUACAAACGCCUGAGCCCUA